ACACGAAACCUCGCUGUUUAUCGCGAGGCCAGAUGGAGUCGCUUGGUGUUUUAGGACCACAUUUGUGCCACCACGAAAGUAGUAAAACAGAGAAAAUGUACAAAGUGGAUUUGCCUGUAGACCAGUCUAUAGAAAUGGCUGUGGAGAGGCGAAGGUCUGCAGAGACCACACGCAGGGCCCGGAUCUUCAACACCCAGCUUCGAGUGAUGGGCCUCGACCUUGAUGCUCUCAACCAACAGGUCCAGGAGAAAAAACAUCAACAAAACAUAGAGAUGCAAAGGGACAAGGCUUUCGAUAAGCUGAGAAAGUAUCACGAUGAAGCACUGCUGCAACAAGACAUAGAUGGAAGACAGAAGCGAGCAGCCUUGCACACUGACCUGACACAGUAUUGGGCUACUGAUCAGUGUGUAGAGGACUCCCGCGAUGCUGAUCUCAAGUGUGGCCUGAAGGGGGCAUGCAGGAUCACCAUUCCAGAGGGUGAGCUGGGUCCUGCCAGUAUGCAAAUCUUUCAGGGAGAGGGUAUCGGAGAGGAGCAAAAGAGGAGAGAACAAAUGAAGAAGACAGAAAGAGAUCUGCAAGCACAGAAGGAAGACAAUGAGAGAAGACAUGUGAGAGACAAGCACAGAGAAAUGCUCGUGAGCAAAGACCUUGUGCAUCAGGACCUUAGGGGGGUUCAGCUACACGCACUAGAGGAGGAGUGUAAGAAAGCUACCCGCAUCGGGCUCGACAACUCCAAUCAAGCUCUGGCUUCAGAGCGGGCGGAGAAACUAAAGGAGCAGCAAAGGAGAGAGGAAAGGGAGAAUCUUGCAGAGAUGCAGCACAUUCUGACAUCCGACAUGAUGACAGAGCGUGCAAAGGCAGCGGUGAGAGAUGUGGGAGGAGGGAGGCCACCCCACAUUCUGAUAGACAAGUGGAAGGGGAUGAGCCCUGCACUGAGUGCCAUCCACAAGGAGAGAGAAGAACAGCGUCUUGAGAGACAGCGACAGCGUGAUGCUAUGAAGAUUCAGAAUGCAGCUUGGGAACUCCAGCUCCUGAAGUUGUCGAGAGAAGCAGAGGAGGAGGAGAGGAGAGCAGCAGAGCUGAGGAGAGAGAAGAGGCUUCAGACAGACCGUUACAAUAUGCAGCUGGCCAGAGAGCAGCAGGCAUACGAGGAGUACCUGAAUAAGAAGCUAUACACCAACAAACCCACCAAGGACUACUUUUAUCAAUUUAACACCAGCUCCCGCUGACGAAUGCACCUUACUCAGGCUUUUUCUGCUGUGACUAAUACACUCAUACACUCUAUCAUUGAUUCCACUCUGUGUGAAUUAAAUCCUGAUAAAUCAA